CCGAGUGUUGCCUUUUGGUGGGAAUUGUAUGAAAGUCCCGCCUAACCUUUCCCACUGAUUUAUCUCCACAUGCAUCGGCCUUGUGGAGUUCACUGAUAUCAAUUUCCUGCCCUGAUUAAAACAAGAAAAGUUUGCUUAAAAGGACCACAAUCAAACUUUAGUUCUCCUUCAAAGUUAUUUUGGGGACGCUUUAGUUUCGACAAAAGAGAAAUAAAGUGAACAAUGCUCAGCAAAUUUUGGAGAUGUGGUUGGAAUGGCAGCUGGAAGGUUUUCUCUAGGGUCUCUAAGAGGAAAUACCAUCGUGACUUAAUAGACAUUUCUCCAGAAGUGUCUCAUGCUCUGAGGAAUUCACGCCCAGUCGUUGCUCUUGAAUCGACAAUAAUCACCCAUGGAAUGCCAUAUCCACAAAAUUUCGACACUGCUCUUGAGGUUGAGGAUACUGUGAGGAUUGAGAAUGCCGUCCCGGCGACGAUUGCAAUUCUCAAUGGGCGCAUAAAGGUGGGCCUCACCAGGGAGGAGUUGAGUAUGCUUGCAGCACCUGAGUUGAAGGCAAUUAAGACAUCCCGUCGCGAUUUAGCACACAUUGUGAGCACAGCGGGAUGCGGAGGUACCACAGUGGCAGGCACUAUGAUUAUUGCAAACGCCGUGGGCAUUCGUGUCUUCGCCACAGGUGGAAUUGGGGGUGUACACCGAGAUGGGCACCUGACAAUGGAUAUAUCAGCGGACUUGGUAGAGCUCGGUAGGACACCAAUAGCCGUUGUUUCAAGUGGUGUAAAAUCGAUUCUGGACAUUCCGCGUACCCUUGAAUUCCUUGAGACACAGGGUGUCUGUGUGGCGACAUGGAAAUGCCCCGAAAUGGAUUUUCCUGCUUUCUACACACAGAAAAGUGGCGAGAAAGCAACCAUAAAUUUCAAUUCUGCCCGGGAGGCAGCUCAAUUAAUUGACACGUCGCUCAAACUGGAUCUCCGAUCUGCAAUUCUAAUUGCUGCUCCUAUACCUAUGGAGUAUGCCAUGGACGAAACAGUCAUCGAUAAUGCCAUCGGUAAUGCAAUCCAAGAAGCACGAGAGCGUAAUAUAGCUGGAAAAAUGGUUACACCAUACCUCCUAAGUGCCAUAGGGAAAAUAACAGAGGGACACAGUUUGGUGGCAAAUAUGGCUUUAAUAAAAAAUAACGCUAAAAUUGCCGCACAAAUCGCCGUUGAAUUGAGUUCCAUCGAGCAGAGGACAAUAGUGGCUCCAACAACUGGUAGUACACGAAAUAAUCUCCACAAAUACUGUCCGACCAUUAUUGGGGGUUCCAUUGUGGAUGUUUGCUACACCAUUCUCGGUGAAAAGGAUAUUGAGAUGAAUGGUGCCACAUACAAAUCACAGACAAAAAUCUCAGCUGGUGGCGUUGGACGAAACUUGGCGGAGGCCAUUAGCAAACUCCAUGGGGCUGCUCGAUUCAUCUCCGCUGUGGGUGGUGAUCAAAAUGGUGCAUUCAUCCGCAGACAUUUACCCAAAAUAUGCAACACAGACUCAAUGAUUACCGAUCAAACUCAUCCCACGGCCAAUUGUGCCGUCCUCCUGGAUUGCGAUGGCGAUUGCAAAAUCAUCGUGGGUGAUAUGCAAAUUCAUUCUUCCAUCUCCCCGGAUUUGAUUGAAAGAAAUGAAAAAGCCAUUGCGGACAGCUCUGUAAUUGUAAUUGAUGCAAAUCUCACCCACGAAACCAUGGAGAUGGUUCUGAAGCUAUGUCGUAAAUAUGAGAAACCCGUAUUUUACGAGCCCACCGACAUGAAAAUAGCCGCCAAACCCUUUGAACUAGGCCAGGACCUCUCCAGAGCGGUGAAGUUCAUCUCACCCAAUAUCUACGAACUCGGCACUAUUGGGCAGUUCUUUGGUGCUGCUGGAGUGUCAUUUGAUGAAAUAUCUCGCAUUGUGGAGCGGAAGGAAGUGCUGGAGUUCUCAGCGGAGAUGUGUAGAGCCAUUGUACCACAUGUGGAUACUAUUGUCCUCACACUAGGACACCACGGGGUGAUCAUUGCGACCAAGAAUUCUCCUAGAUAUGGAUUUUUUAGCAAAGAUUUAACAUAUAGGCCAACUCUUGAGCAUCCCUCGGGGCGCUUCUAUCCUGCUGAGAAAGUCCCGAGUGUCGUGAGUGUUUCCGGUGCUGGUGAUAGCUUCGCCAGUGGCUUCAUUACUGCAAUGCUUCGAGGAAGGGUUGAGAGUGUAUGCGUUUCCGUUGGUUUUGAAGCCUCAAAAUGCACCCUUGCUUCCUCGAAAGCUGUUCCUGAAGCGUUUUUCACUGAGAAUCAUGAAUGUUGGAGACAAAAGGCGUCUCAUCUGGAGAAUAUAGAGCUCUAAGAAUAUUUUUGUUCUUUUUUUUUAUAUUGUGAACAUUUUGCUUUAUAAUAAUCAUUUUUUUUUG